UCUGCACCCACGCUCAGGCAAAAAAUCCGCCAGAGGCAAUAACAUGGCCGCUCCGACACGAUUCGUGAAUCCCAAUGCGGAGGUGGUGUCCAAGACGCAGGCGCUGAUGGUCAAUGUGGCCGCCGCGCGAGGUUUGCAGAACGUUUUGAAGACAAACCUGGGACCUCGCGGCACCCUGAAGAUGCUCGUGGGCGGGGCGGGGCAGAUCAAGCUCACCAAGGACGGGCGAGUGCUGCUGCACGAGAUGCAGAUCCAGCACCCCACCGCGAUGAUGAUCGCGCGGAGCGCCACCGCUCAGGACGACGUCACGGGAGACGGCACGACGACGUCGGUGCUCUUCACCGGAGAGCUGCUGCGGCAGGCGGAGCGAUACCUGACAGAGGGGCUGCACCCCAGGGUGCUCACGGAGGGCUUCGAGCUAGCCAAGGAGCACGCUCUCGAGCUGCUGGACACCUUCCGAAGCACCAGAUCAGCGGUGGAGGAAGACCGGGAGCUGUUGGAGUCCGUGGCACGGACGUCGCUGCGCACUAAGCUGCGGGAAGAGGUGGCGGACAACAUGACGGAGGCGGUGACGGGAGCGGUGCUGACCAUCAUGAAGUCCAGGGACGAGAUCGACCUCCACAUGGUGGAGAUCAUGCAAAUGCGGCACAAGGCGGGCACGGACAGCGUGCUGAUCAAGGGCCUGGUUAUGGACCACGGCGCGAGGCACCCGGACAUGCCCCGCAGCCUCAAGAACUGCCACAUCCUCACGUGCAACGUGUCUUUCGAGUACGAGAAGACGGAGGUGCAGUCGGGCUUCUUCUACUCCACGGCGCAGGAGAGGGAGAAGCUCGUGGAGAGCGAGCGCAAGUUCACCGACGAGAAGGUGAUGCAGGUGAUCGAGUUCAAGAGGAAGGUGUGUAAGGAGGGCGAGUCGUUCGUCAUCAUUAACCAGAAGGGCAUCGACCCCCUGUCUCUCGACAUGUUCGCCAAGGAAGGCAUCUUCGCUCUCCGGAGGGCAAAGAGGCGUAACAUGGAGCGGCUGACGCUGGCGUGCGGAGGCAUGGCUGUAAAUAGCACGGAAGACAUCUCGGAGGAGAUGCUGGGCUGGGCGGGACAGGUCCACGAGGAAACCCUUGGGGACGACAAGUUCACCUUUGUCGAGGACGUGCGGCACCCCCGCUCCUGCACCAUCCUCGUCAAGGGACCCAACGACCACACCAUCGCUCAGAUUAAGGACGCGAUCCGCGACGGCCUCCGCGCCGUGAAAAACACCAUCGACGACCAGGCGGUCGUACCCGGAGCAGGAGCUUUCGAGGUUGCCGCCAACUUGAGCCUCCAGAAGUUCAAGACGACCGUCAAGGGGCGCGCGAAGCUGGGCAUCGAAGCCUUCGCGGAGGCGCUGAUGAUCGUUCCCAAGACCCUCGCCGAGAACUCGGGCUUCGACGUCCAGGACUCGGUCAUCAAGCUCGUCGACGAGCACGUGGAGUCCGGCGCUGCCGUGGGGCUGGACCUCAUGACCGGCGAGCCCAUGCUGCCGGAGCAGGAGGGCGUCUGGGAUAACUACUGCGUCAAGCGCCAGUCCCUGCACCUCAGCACGGUCCUGGCGUCGCAGCUGCUGCUUGUGGAUGAGGUGAUGAAGGCCGGGAAGCAGAUGGGGCAAGCACCGCCCGGUGGCCCCGGCGGCAUGAUGGAGGAGUAGAUGGCAGGCAGCCGCCGCGACGUAGGGUAUUAAAUAGCAUGUCGUGCGAUAGUCGAGGUCUAGCGUUGGACGGAUGGGCAUCAGAGGGGGGGGUGUUCCAGCGACCCAUCGCCUGAUGGCUUGCGGCUUCCGGAAACGACGAGCACGAGGGUUGUUCGUUUGCGAUAGGAGGAUGGGGAGGCUGGCCGGGGCGGCCUUGGCCACCGCUAGCUGCACAGAUUUUGUUGUCUCUAGAAGUUUGUUCUGGCUACGAUCGAAUGUUUGCGGGGGCGCAGCGUGAGAACGCCAGGUAUUGAGACCCACCCGCAUAGAACGAACGCCGUUCUUCGAGAGAGAGGGAACGAAGUCAAGGACAAAGUUCUCGACGAGCGGAAUGUGUUGUAGUGUUUGAUGCCCCUUGUUGUUGCUGCUGAAACAUCGGGUAUGCCCCGUAUUUGGUUUGCUGUUGUUCCGUCCUCUUGCGACGCUCAAAUCUGGAAAUUCCACGCGAUUCACUC